AAAAUUAAGUGUACGUAGCUAUGUUAGUAUACAGUUUGUAACAUUAAAGUUAUGGAUUCGCAAUACAAGUUGGUAUUUUUUAUCAAUUAUAUACGAUUUUUUAAUAAUUUAAUGUGUACAUUUACAACUAAUUUUCACAUAUAACAAAUAUAUUACAUGAUAUAAAAUUUAAAAUUUACAUAUAUAUUAAUAAUUAUUUUUUUAAAUAUAUUUAGCUUGACAUAACCUUUAUAUAUUCAUUUCUAAAUAUUUCAUUAUAUAGAAAUAAAUUUCUAUUGUCCAAAGUUUUUAAAAUAAAGUAGCACAAUAAAUUAAUUACAUUCUAAAUAUAAUUGUAACAAUUUUUUAUUUUAUAUUUGAUUAAAUAAAAUAAAUUACAGAAUUAUACAUCCUGUAAAAUAUUUGCAAGAUCACUUGGUACGUAUAUAUUUAUAUAUAAAUACUGUAAAUAAAACUUAAAUUAUUAUUUUGAUAUAUAUAUAAUAAUAAAUUUAAAGGCACAAGAUGUUCGACCAGAUGGUAGACAGUUUUUAUCUUUUCGUCCAACAAGUGUAAAUAUAUCGUCAAUUACUCAUGCCGAUAGCUCAGCUAUAUUCAAAAUUGGUAAUACAACAAUUGUAUGUGGUAUUAAAGCUGAAUUAGCAGCUCCUAAAGCAGAAUCUCCAGAAUAUGGUUAUGUCGUGCCAAAUAUAGAACUUCCUCCAUUAUGUUCUCCCAAAUUUAGACCAGGUCCACCAAGUGAUCAAGCACAAGUUAUUGUAAAAUUAAUUGAAAAUAUUUUGAGAAAUUCAGCAGCUAUCGACUUGAAAGAUCUUUGCGUCUUUAAAGGUAAACUAGUAUGGGUCUUAUAUUGUGACCUUGUGUGUAUUAAUUACGAUGUAACUUUACCUGAAACACUUUAUAACAUAGAAACUGGAAGUGUAUCAGUAAAUUAUACAAAAAGACUAAAAUUUCCAAUUAAAGCAUUACCAGUGUCUGUUAGUUUUGCAAUAUUUAACGAUCAAUUAUUGGUUGCCGAUCCCACUGACGAUGAAGAAAGUUUAUGUUUAGGAAGAUUGACAAUUGUAAUGAAUGAAGACAAGAUUUGUUGCAUACACAAACCUGGUGGAAUUCCAAUCUCACAAGAUUUAUUUUUAAAAAGCUUAACUAAAUGUAAAAAAAGAGCAGAAUUAAUAAGAUCAUUAAUUGAUGCUGCUGUGUUAACAAUUAAACAGGAACAUUUAAAUGAAUGAAAAGUUAUACAAAAUUUUGAAGUAUAAUAAUAAAACUUUUUAAUUAUUUUGUAGUAUUUAUUAAUAAGUUAAAAAUUUUUUUGAUAUCUUUAAAUUAAUGUUAUUGUAUUGUAUUGUAUAUUCUGUAUCAUUACAUCAUAUAUAAAAGUUUACUUUUAUCCAUUAUUUACAUUUAGUAUUAUAUAUUAUUAUAUAGAAUAAAAUUAAGUUUAAGUGUAAACAAUUAAUACAAAUAAUUAAUAGUAAUAGUUUUUAUAUGAAUCACAUAAACAACUUACACGCAAAAGCAAUCUUUAUAGAAUAAUGUAAGAAUAAAUAAUGAAAUGUUAAUACAAACUAGUUUUUUUCAUAAUACGUAAAAAUUCAUCUUGAGAAACUUCUCCAUCACCAUCUUUAUCUGCUUCAUCAAUCAUUUCUUGCAAUUCUUCAUCCGUAAGAUUUUCUCCUAAUUCUCGUGCAACUCUUUUUAAAUUCUUAAAAGAUAUUUUUCCUGUAUUAUCAUCAUCAAAGAGACGAAAUGCUUUUAAAACUUCUUCUUUCGUGUCUUUUUCCAACAUUUUUGUAGACAUUAAAUUUAGAAAUUCUUCAAAUGACAAUGUACCAAGACCAUCUGGAUCAACAUCAGCAAUAAGUUUUUUUAUUUCCUCUUUUUUUGGUUCAAAUCCAAGAGCUCUAAUGGCUACUUUAAGUUCUUUGGUAGCUAUUCUUCCAGUGCCAUCUGGAUCAAAUAAAUCAAAUGCUUCUUUUAUAUCAUUUUUUUGUUCAGUAGUCAAUUCCAUUUUUGGUACAGCUUUUUUUCUAGUUACAACUGUAGUUUGUCUUUUAGAAGUGGAAGCCUGAAAUAAAAAAUAAUUUCUAUUAAAUUUUUAAGAACAUAAAAAGUAUAUACAAUGUAUGAGCCAAUAAUUUUAAAAAAGAGACAAAUUCGAGUUCUUACUGGAACUCCGGCUGCUAAAGUGUUUAUAAUUACAAGCUUGUUACAACUUUUGAUUCCUGUUUUAUACUUCAAUCAUCUUGGCAAUUGUGUUGUAAAUAAGAAGAAACUUAUUUUUGAACUUGAAGAAGGUUAUAGAAAUAAAGAAAAGACCUUAUACGACGAAUAUUAUGAAACACGGGAUUAUUGGGAUAAUCCAAUAUUUAAAAAUAUUAUUUCAAAUGUAUUUGAGAAAAAAUCUUUGAAAGCAGUUGAAGGCAAUAAUUAACCAGUCCGUAUAUCGAAAUAUUUUACAAGGAAGCUUAUCAGCAAUAUUUUCAUUUUGUAGUAUUUAAAUAAUGUAAUAUUUAAUGAAAUAUUUAAUCAUAUAAAAGCAUGCCUAAAACAGUUUAAAGUUUAUCAUAUGUCAUUUUUAAGAAACAUAUGAAAUGGAUGAACAUUUUGAAGGCAACAGACUUUCACAAACAUCAGAUUUAAAUGAAGAUGAUAGUUUAUUAGAUUUUAAAAGCCCGAAACAAUCAUCAAAACAAAAAUCAAUUGAAUUUAAUCAUUGCAAUAUAUAUCAAAAGAAACGAACAAUUACAAAAUUAAAAAAUUUUGUUAAAAGUCACAAAGGAGAAAAGAAUAAACAAUCAGAGAAAAAAAGAAAUGUGCAAGAAUCGCAGCCUUCGAUAGAAUCAACAUUUUUUAAAUCUAAAGCUAACUGUUACGAUACAGAUUCUACUACUGAUGCGAAAUUGGUUCUUGUAUGCCCUUUAUGUUUUAAAACAUUUAAAGAUCUUAAUUCUCAUGCAUUACAUAUGAAAAUUUGUGCAUAUGAAAAUAAUGUUUCUACAAAAAAAUUAUUAAAUGCUAUAGAACUUCAAAAGCGACAACAGAAUGAAAGAAAAUCAUUAGGUUUGCCUGUUGCACCUAUAGUACAAGCUAAAAAGAAACCUUCUAACAAAAAUUUAUACGAAGAAACUGAUCUUCAACUUGCAUUGGUAUUAUCAAAAUCAGAAGCAGAAUAUCAAGAAGCAGAAGAAUUAGAUAAAAUUAAUGAAAGUUUAUUACUUAUGAACGAAAUUGAAAGUUUACCUGAAAUAUUAAAUCAAUUUGCGUCAGAAACAAAUAAAUCAGUUCAUGUAGGCCAGUUGGAAAAAUUUGGAUAUGCAAAUAAUAAACCUCCAUCAGUAAUAAAGAAUAAAAAGAGAAAAAAUAAUGAAAUAACUUUGCUUCAAACACGUUCUCAAGAAGAAAGAAAUUAUAUUUUAACUGAAAAAAUUUCAGAAAUUCUAAUGGGAAAUGAAAUUACUCAAAAUCAAAAUGGAAAAAUUAAAUGUAAUCGUUUAAUUCAAAAGAAAAAUGAUCUAAAAAGUCACUUCCUUCAGAAAUUUUCUAACAAGGAAGAAAAAUUGUGGAGUAAAGCUAAAUCGUCAUCAAAUCAAAAAUAUUUUUACGUAUCAAAUUUAUCAAAUUAUACAACUUCAAGAGAAAAACAAGUGAACCAAGAAAUAAUCUUAGAUUUUGCAAAUACAUGUGAAAUUUAUGAUAUGAAAUUAAGUCAAUAUGAAACAAGAAUCUGCAAUAACAAAGAACGCGAUGAAGUAUCGCAUACAGAAGCACGAUUUAUAAAUGAAAAAUGUGAAAAUUAUCAAAAUAUACAGUUUAUCGAUACUGUAAUAACAAACUGGAGCAAUGCAUUAAAUGAUAGCUUUGCAAGUGACAUCAUAAUAUUUGUUAACAAUAAUAAACAUAUUUGGGCACAUAAAUUAAUCUUUUACGUACAAUGUCCAAAUAUAUUACUUGAUAUAACACCUAAUGAUACUUUAUUAUUUGCUAAAAUUAAAGAAAAAAUUUCUUGGACAGAUAUAUCUUACAAUAUUGCUUUAGCAUUUUUGGAAUUUAUUUAUUGUGGAAUUAUAAAAAAAUAUUUAAAUGUUUUGGAUAAUUUAAUAAAUUUUUCAUUUUUAAGAAAUCUAGCAACAAGAUAUAAAAUAAAGGAAUUAUUCGUCUUCUUGAAAAAAAAAGAGAUUGAAAUUAAACAAAUAGGAAUGCAUAGUAAAUGGGACACAGAACUAAUUUCUGAGGAAAAAGAUAAUUUAGAAGUAAUCAGUGAUAAUGUAGAAAAUUUAAUUUAUGGUAUCAAAGAUUCCAAAUUGAUCGAUGAUGAAAAAUUGAAUAAAAAACACUUGGACAAAGAUAUGGAUAAAUCGCAACUUACUGAAACAGAAUUGAGAAAAGAUAUGUGUACAGAUGAAUUAUUGCAAGAAGAAAUUAACUAUUUUAAUGAUACAAAUAUUAUUCGAAAUAACAAUAUAUCUCCUGAUUUAUUUGACGAUGUUAAUGAUACAAAACAGAUUGAAGAAAUAAAGAAUAAAACAAAAUAUAUCAAUGAAAUAGUAGAUAGUAAAAAAGCAAAAAAUAAUGAAAAUUCUAAUAUAAUUGACUCGGCCAAUCAAGUAAUUGAUACUACCAAAUUUUCUACAUCUGGAAAUAUGACAAAAUUAAAAAAUAUUGAAAAAGAUAAAGAUUUAUUUACAGAUAAUACCCAUUUCACUACACCAAAAAAAGGAGAUUGUUCAAACAUAUUGAAAUUAAAAAGUAAUCUUAGUAUAUUUAUCGAACAAGUUCAAAAAGAAAAUGCAAGAUCAAAUUCUGAUCUAGAUUCCGAUGUUUCGAUAUUAUCAACAUGUUCCGAAUUAUGUAAAAAUCCAUUUAAUAUAAAACAAAAUGAUUCUUUUGAAAAUAAUAUUAUUAAAGAAACGUUUAAAACAAAAAGCGAUAUUUUAGAUAUAUUUGAUUGUAAUAAAAAUUCUGAAUUAAAGACGAAAAUGUCAUAUGAAAAAAAUGAUUCAGAUAUAUCUCUCAAUUUUGAAUCAAUAAAUAUGCCAUCAUCAGAAUCUAAUAAAAGAGAAUGUGCUACAAAUUCAGUGAACAAAAGUAUAAAUAAUGCAUAUGAGAAUCUACAAGAUGAAGCAAUACAUUCCAUAUCUGAAGAAAGUUUAUCAAGUGAAAAUAAAAAUGAUAUACCUUCAGAUUUUAAUACAUUUUCAGAUGAAGAUGAAAUAUCUAUGUAUUCAAUGUACAAGAAAGGGCAUGAAAAUAAUAGCAUAGUAAAAUAUCGAAAUUUUGUACACAAACAUAUAAUGAAAAAUAAUGCGAUAGAUAAUAUGAUAUAUGAUGAAUACCAAAAUAAAAAUGAAACGGAUGAUGAUAGUUUAUUAUUAAAUAUAGAUAAAGAUUCCAUAUGUGAAAUAAGUCCGACCAAGAAACACGACAACGAAGAUAAAAUAAAAAAAGUAAUUCCUAAUUUUGAAGAGAGUAAAAAAAUAUCUCAACAAAAUUUGUGUAAUUUUACUAAUGAAUAUGUUACAUCUGAAAAAUGCAAUUACUUCUUUACUAAUGUCAAAUCAUUAAGUACCCAAAAAAAUAUUUCUAAAGACCAAAAGUUCAAUAAUUCUAAUAAGCUAAAAUAUAGUAAAUCAGAAAGCAAUAUCAAUUUACAAACAAUUAAAAAUAAAUCAAGUAUAGAUGAACAUAAUUCAGUAGAAACCUCAAUAUCAGUAUCUUCCAGUCCUGAAUUAGGUAACAAUAUUUUAUACGUGCAUAAGCACGAAGGAAAUAAAAAAAGUACAAGUAGUUUACAUUAUCAAAACUCUGAAAAUAGUAAUUCUCAUAAUUCUGAAAAUGAUAUUUACUUAGAAAAUGCUUAUAUUAAUGACAGUGAUGAUAACAUUAAUACUUUAUUGUUUACUGAAGAAGUAAAUCAAUUAGAGUUCAAGGAUAAUGAAAAAUCAUUAAGUAAAAAAAAAUACAAUAGAAAAUUUAAAAGGAAAUCACUGUUGGAAACAAAUUUACAUAUUGGUACGAGACAUAUUAAGGAGGAUAUAGCUGAAUCUUACAAUAAUUCUCAAUGUAGAUGUAAUUAUAAGAAAAAUUUGAAAACAACUGUAUUACCUGAAAUUAUUGAAGAUAGUGUUACUCCUACUCCUAAUUAUAAUGCCAUGAAAACAUCUCAACUUCAGGCGGAAUUAAAUAAAUAUGGAUUGAAAAUACAGAAACGGAAAAGAGCAGUAAAAUUAUUAACAUAUAUUUAUAAUGAGUUACAUCCUACAAUUAAUACAUCGCCAAGAAACAUAAAAUCUGAAUUAACAGUAACAAGCAGUGAAGAUGAUGAACCACCCAUGAAAAAAAGAAAUAGCAAAAAGAAUGAUAUCGACUGUACACAAUUGUCGAAGAAAAACCAUUUUAUGAAUACGAAUUUAUUUCAGUAAUUGAUAAUGGAUCAAAUAUUAAAGAUAUGUUUUUAAAACUUUUAUCUAUUAAAACUGAAUUAUAUAAUCAAAUUUUGGCAUAUGAACCAAUAUGCAUUAAUUCUUUGCAUUUUAUGUUAAAGACAGAAGGUUUAAAAUGCAAAAUGAAUAUACUUAUGGAUUUUUUAGAUGAACAGUGUAUUACAUUUUAUGUUCAAGAAGCAAAAUAAAAAAAAGUUAAAAUAAAAAAAGUUAGCUAAUUUCUAUAUAAAAAAUAUGUACAUUUAUAUAAUGAAAACAUAUGCAUGUAUAGUAGUUAUAAAUAAAGUGUAUAUUAAUAUUUUGUUAAAAAUAUUGAAUUAUGAAU